AUGUGCCACGUUUUCCUUUCUCUCUGUUUUCACUUAAAUAUCUCUCUGUCAUUUUGUAAUUUGCUUUCAUCUUUUCUUUGUCUUUUUCAUUCUGAUUACUUUUUAUACACCUUCUCCGUCUUUUUUAGUUAUACCUUUAUUCACCUUACUUUUUUCCCGCUCUUCGUAAUUCAGCUCGCUUCUCUCCUUCCAACUAAUCACCUUCCAAAUAUAUCGUCUUUCAUUCCCCUUUAUUUUUCGCUUCUUCUCAUUCUCUCUUGUUUUCUUUUUGCCCCUACUUCUUUCUUUUUUUUUCUUUUCUUUUUUUUUCUUUUCUUUUUUCUUUUUCUUUCUUUCUUUCUUUUCUUUUCUUUUGCUUUUUCGUUUUCUUUCCCUUCGUCUACCUCUUUCUUUCUUUUCUUUCUUUCUUUUUUCUUUCUUUCUUUCUUUGCUUUUUCGUUUCUUUUCCUUCGUCUACCCUCUUUCUUUUCUUUCUUUUCUUUCUUUCUUUCUUUCUUUCUUUUCUUUCUUUGCUUUUUCGUUUUCUUUCCCUUUGUCUACCUCUUUUUUCUUUCUUUCUUUCUUUUUUGCUUUUUUCGUUUUCUUUUCCUUCGUCUACCUCUUUCUUUCUUUUCUUUCUUUCUUUCUUUCUUUCUUUUUCUUUUCUUUGUUUUUUUCGUUUUCUUUCCUUUGUCUACUUUUUUUUUUUCUUCCUUUCUUUCUUUCUUUCUUUCUUUCUUUUUUUUUUCGUUUUCGUUUCUUUCCUUUGUCUACCUCUUUCUUUCUUUCUUUUCUUUCUUUUCUUUCUUUUUUCUUUCUUUCUUUCUUUGCUUUUUUUCGUUUUCUUUCCUUUGUCUACCUCUUUCUUUCUUUCUUUCUUUUCUUUCUUUGCUUUUUCGUUUUCUUUCCCUUUGUCUACCUCUUUCUUUCUUUCUUUCUUUCUUUCUUUCUUUCUUUGCUUUUUCGUUUUCUUUCCCUUUGUCUACCUCUUUUUUUCUUUCUUCCUUUCUUUCUUUCUUUCUUUCUUUCUUUCUUUCUUUCUUUCUUUUUGCUUUUUCGUUUUCUUUCCCUUUGUCUACCUCUUUCUUUCUUUCUUUCUUUCUUUCUUUGCUUUUUCGUUUUCUUUCCCUUUGUCUACCUCUUUCUUUCUUUCUUUCUUUCUUUCUUUCUUUCUUUCUUUCUUUCUUUGCUUUUUCGUUUUCUUUCCCUUUGUCUACCUCUUUCUUUCUUUCUUUCUUUCUUUCUUUCUUUCUUUCUUUGCUUUUUCAUUUUCUUUCCCUUCGUCUACCUCUUUCUUUCUUUCUUUCUUUCUUUCUUUCUUUGCUUUUUCGUUUUCUUUCCCUUUGUCUACCUCUUUUUUUCUUUCUUUCGCUCCUUCCCUUUAUCUUCUUUUCACUCUUACUUCAUCACACACUCAUUUACUUAUCUCGCUUAUUUUCACUAGUUUCGGGCCAACGGUCCGUCUCAGCCCUCACGAAAGCCUCAUUUUAA